CCGUACCUCGCUUUUCAUCGCUUUCUUCGUUCGAUCUUCUCCCUUUAGAUCCUCAAUUUCUUCUUAAUUAUUGAUCGUAAUUCAUCAAUCGAGUCCCUGUUUCGUUCAAUUCCGGUUUUCUUCUUUCGUUUGACCCCAAAAUCAUUCCCUUUUCUUUAUCGUUAUCGUGGUCUAGGGUUAGGGUUUCAAUUCGCCCCUUUCAAGCCCAUACAAUCGUCGUAUUUCCUUGUGUAUUCCCCAAAACUCUUGGUUUUGGUUCUUAUUCACUUGAUAUUUCGUUCCAAUUUGACAUAAUACUUGGACUCGUUUACGAGUCUAGGGUUUCGGAGCGGUCGACAUUUUAGGGCUUUUCGAUCUUUAAAUUUCCGAAGGUUUUUUCUGUUAAUUACUUUAGGGGUUUGGUUCCCUCCUUGACUUAGUAUCGUUUUCAAUUUCGUAAUUUCUGGGUUGACUUAAGAAUCUAGGGUUAGGGUUUGAAAUACACUCUAUUAUUAUUCUAAUUCGUGAAAUUCAAUUGGGGAUACGCUCUUUGGCGUCGACGAACUACCUUUGUUGUGUAAUUCUGUGUCCAUUUCUCUCUUAUUCGACUUUGAUUAUCGUUUGACCUUAAUUUGUUCUGCCAAGCGCUGUGUUGCGGGCUAUCUGAAGUUUGAAUUUGAAAAAUUUUACAAAGGUGAGAAUGAUUUUUGUCAUCUCUGCUUUAUUAUCGUUUGUGUUUAAAUAAUAUUCGAGAGUUGUCAUUAUGUUUGUGGUCAUGGGUCUAAUUUUAUAUCUAUGCACAAGAUACUUUGCCCUGCUGCUAAUUUGAUAUGAUAUCAAAGCUAGCCCUUCUUCAGGCUAAUCGUAAUAUUGUAUAGGAGGAAUUUCUUCACAUUUGAGAUAGAAUCAGUAGUUUUUAAAGAAGCAUAACACUGAUGUUAAAUACCAUGAAUGUGAUGGGUGGGUGGUUUUGAUCAACAUAGAAUUAGAGUAUAGUACUUCAACAUUUAUUGUGGUUAUCCACUGUAAACUAAAGGAAGAGGUACAUGUUAUCAAGCUUGGUACAUGUUGCUAGAGGUUCCGAAGCAACUGUGCUUUCUCUAGCAGCUGGUUACAACAAUGAAAAUCCUAACUCUUUUUAUAUUGAUAUACUAGAGAGUCACUGUUCCUUUCAAAAUUUAAACAUUGCUUUUUUCUUUUAUGUUUAAAAUAUCUGUGGAAUGUUAAUGUUUUAUUUUUCACAAAAUUUACCCCAGGAGCUCACAGUUAUCUUCAUCAAAUGCCUUUAUUUAUGUGGUCAUAUGUUCUGUUUCAUUAUUAACUCUUAUUUAUUGUAUUACAGAAUCAGAAUGGGAUAUAAGAGAUGUCUUGAGGCCAAUGAAUUUGAUGAUCUUUCUUUGAACAAGGCAAAGCGUUUUGAAUGCAGCAGUGAACUGGUUUCAUUUGCUGAUAUUGUUACACCCAACAAUGCCUUUUUAAAGACUGUUAUUUCAGGGGAUGAUGAAGAUGGCUUUUACAAUGUUCAAUGGUAUGAUCCACCUGAAACAGACACUGGCAAGGAAUCUCCAUAUGCUGGUGACAAGAAUGUUCAAACCAGUGGCCUCUUCAGCAGCUGUUCUAGUGAGGAUGACACCAGUUCUGGUGCAACAUCAUUAUCCUCUGCUUCCUCGGAUUGUUUGGAAUUUGAUAUUCCACAGAGAGCAUUUGUUCCUUUGGAUGAUGACUAUGUGGACUAUGAUUGCUCACCUAGAAAACCAGUUCCCAUUGGGCCAAAUCAUCAAGCCACUAUUCCUGUUUGGAGAGGAAAAGUGAAUAAGAUGUCAGGGUUAGGCAUAUAUAAUCAUGAUAGUCCCUCCUCUGGUUUGGUAUCAGUUCAAACUGUUGAUGAAGAUGAAGAGAGACUCAUGGGAACUUCAGUGCUCGCAAUGGAUGAGUCUUACUUUUAUUCUUCUGCUAAUAACAAGAGUUGGCAAGACAGGACAGAGUGUAAGUGCCUGGAUCAGGGCUCGAUCAGAUGUGUUAGGCUGCAUGUUAAAGAAGCACGUGGAAAUUUGAGGGAGAUUCUUGGGAAGGAAAAUUUUGUGAACUUGGGCUUUAGGAACAUGGGAGAGGAUGUUGCACAGGAAUGGACUGAAGAAGAAGAGGACAUGUUUCAUGAGGUUGUCUACAGCAAUCCUGCAUCAUUGGGUAGAAACUUCUGGAAAUACUUGUCUGUUGCAUUUCCUUCUCGAAGCAACAAGGAAAUUGUCAGCUACUACUUUAAUGUCUUUAUGCUGCGGAGAAGAGCUGCUCAGAACAGGUCUAGAUUUUUGGAUAUUGAUAGUGAUGAUGAUGAAUGUCAUACAAGAAAUGGGAUUUUUGGUUAUGAAAAUUCAGAAGAUGAUUCUGCCAUUGAAUCUCUUGGUGAUCAAGAUGUCCAUGUAGAAAAUCAAGAUAAUUAUUCUGAUGAAGAUGAUGGUGAUGAUAACAGUGAUGAUGAAGCUGCUGGCAAUGUUCUUGGUUUAACUGGAAUAAAUAUGGGAAACACCACUGAGGUGGAGGGAGGGCUUGGUCAAAGAUCAUCAAAAUGCAAGGUGAACUCACAGAGUGAAACUUGGAGUAAUCCUGUUCAACAUUUCAAUGGGACUUCAGGGAUUCUGAAGGAUGAUAUUGGGGUCCAGGAUGACUCCUGUAUGUCCUUUGAGUGUAAUACCAAUAUGGAUGUGUCUUGCCAUGGUUUAGUAGAUGCUAGCUCUGCUCUGCAAGCUAGGGGAUUUAAAUACGAUCAGAGUCCACGCGUGCAUUUGUCCGGCAAUGAGAUGGAGCAUGUUUAUUUGAUGGAGCCCUGUGAUGCUAAAGACUGGUAUCCUGGUGGGUACUCAACAAGUUCGAGCACCGAUAUUGACUUCUUACCUACAUCCAAUUUGAUCGAAGAGUUUUUCGGUCAUGGUACUUCAGAUAAAAAGAACAGAAGUGAUUGAGGUAUGAACUUCUGUAAUUUUUAUGGUACCAGCCAGACAGUUACUUGAGGAUUCCAAUCCAGGUUUUAGAAUAUUGAAGUUACGGACGUGUUAUUUCAGUACCAGGAGGAGCUGCUUAAUGGUGGUGCAGGUUAGGUGUAAAACACAACCACCAAGCUUGGAACGAAAAGCCUUCUAUUCUUUAUUUCUUUUUGUUUUAUUAUUUUCUUCUAUGUCAGAGAGGAGAGGGUGAGGAUUGUAAGUACAUUUUGUGUCAAUUUGUAAAUACAUGUGUGGACCUCAGUCUCCCGUCACCGUUUUUCUUUUACUACCCCACAAUUUGUAUGAUAAUGUGAAAAGUGGGUUUGAAUUGAAUAUUAUCUCAUAUUCUCCUAUAUUUUUAUUGUAUACUGAUAUUUUGAUGCCAAUAAAUGAAUUAUGAAAUAUUUUGUUAAU